AUGCUGACCGCAUUUUUUGAGCUUAAUAAAGUGAACCGGGCUGCAAGAGAACAUCUGUACAAAGACAUCCCAAAACACAUCACGUGGAAUGCUGGGAAAAGCUUAUGGCAGCCUCGAUCCGGCCCGCCGACAAUGGGACAGGUAGUGUCAGCUAACCCAACAGAAGGUGAUCACUAUUACUUACAUCUUCUUUUAAUGCACUUUAAAGGACCUAAAAGCUUUGAUGAUCUUUACACGGUGAACGGUGAAAAGCACACAACUUUUAGAAAGGCAGCACUUGAGAGAGGCUUGAUUGAGAACGAUGAUAGUUUGUCACAAUGUCUUAUAGAGGCUUCCAUGUUUCAUUUUCCGCAUUCUUUGAGAAGACUUUUUGCGACUAUAUUGAUAUUUUGUAACCCAGGGGAUGUUAGGAGGUUAUGGGAUGAACAUCAUUAUUUUUCUUUCUGA